UCUUUUGGGUGUCUUUUUAAAGUUUAUUUUCUCCCCCAUUGUUUUCACACUUCCGCAAUUAGAAAAAUGCAAGUUUUUAUGCAAAAAAUUGCUCAACCAACCGGAAUUAAAAGCGCAUUUUUUCAUCUUUUUCUUAUAAAUUCUGAGAGAGUGACUAAAUAUAAUUUAUUGAUUUUUUAGUUUGUGUAGAUAUUUUUCUUCGUUAAUUUGCCCUAUUUUUUGCGCGUUUUUGACACAUUUUUUAAUAAAAUUUUUUUUAAUUUUUAAAGGCAAAUGGGAAAAAUCUUGACUAAACUUUUUGGAAAGAGAGAAUUACGGGUAUUGAUGCUUGGAUUGGAUGCGGCAGGGAAAACAAGUAUUCUGUAUAAAUUGAAACUUGGCCAAUCAAUUAAAUCACUUCCAACGGUCGGCUUUAAUGUGGAGACUGUCACUUAUAAAAAUAUUAAAUUCAGUGUGUGGGAUGUUGGAGGUCAAGAGAAAAUAAGGCCACUUUGGAGGCAUUACUAUGUUGGCACGCAAGCUUUAAUAUUUGUUGUAGAUUCUGCUGAUGUUGACAGGAUUGAUGAAGCUAGGCAUGAAUUGCACAAAAUUGUGAAUGACCGUGAAAUGCGGGAAGCAGCGAUUUUGAUAUUUGCGAAUAAACAGGACUUGCCUGGUGCUUUACAACCAACCGAAUUACAAGAAAGGUUAGGUUUAGGAAGACUUCAUUCUCGUAAUUGGUAUGUCCAACCUUCCUGUGCAAUUGGUGGAAGUGGUCUUUUUGAAGGAUUAACUUGGCUAGCAUCAAAUUGUAAAUGA